CGUCGGGUAUGAUGUUCGAGGUCUGGUGGGACUACGAUUCAGUGUGCCAAGUCAAUGUUCCCAAUGGCCUUCAUCAGUGGUGGCGAUUUUGUUUCCUGUUGGACAUGGAAGAGAAGACAUACGCUCUUUAUUGGAACAACCAGACCUACAGCGGUCCAAUCACAGUCCCUGACAGGAUACGUAGUGGUGGAGUAUUCAUUUUAGGACAAGACCAGGAUGAUUUGAAUGGCGGCUUUGCUGCAUCGCAAAGUUUCAAUGGAAUCAUUGCCGAUUUCCAGGUCUUUGACCGUUUGCUUUCACAAGAUGAUGCCCUGGACUUUGUUGCGUGUAAGACAAGGAAUUCCCAUCUGAAGCCAAUUAUAGAUUUUACAGAUGUUGCAAAUCAGUGGACCCUUGAAGGUUCUGUAGAGGUUGGUCAGAUCUCAUUGGAGGAUAUCUGCAAAACUGAAGGUGAUGUUUUGAUCAUGUUUCCAGAGCCGAGACUAUUCUCAGAAUCUGCUGCCCUUUGUCACAAUCUUGAUGGUAGCAUUGUUGCCCCAGCCUCCCCAGAGGAGAACAGAGGAGUAUUGCCCUAUGUCACGCCACAUAUAACCCAGUGUAAGGAUGGUAAUGGAAAUAUUGUCCACCUAGGGGUAAUAGGCGAGAAAGAAACGGGAACAUACUAUUACUAUGACAGUGGUAAGCCCCUGAAGUACCACAAUCUCUCUUCCCUCACCGUUCUUGAUGAUAUCCAGUGUAUGGGUUAUCUGAUGACUGUUGGCAGUGAAGGGAAAUGGUACCAGAACCGAUGUAAAGAUUACGAGCUUUGUACACUUUGUUCCUUCUCUGGCAUAACUCAUCUCAAGGCAGGGCAGUUCACUUGUGAUGAUGGUUCGUGUGUGAAAAUAAGUCAGCGAUGUGAUUUCUUAUUCGACUGUCCUGACCAAAGUGAUGAAACCAACUGUAGUCUCAUCAAGAUACCUGACUCCUACGUUCCUGAACUCCCACCACAGCAGGCCAAUAACACAGCAGUCAUCAUUGAAGUACAGAUAAAUAUCACCUCCAUCAGGGCUUUUUCGCUGCUAGAUCUCAUGUUUGCCUUCGACAUGAUAGCCUCAUAUACUUGGAGGGAUUCCAGGCUGACAUUUUCAAAUCUAAAGGAUAAUAUGGAAAUGAACUUGGUGGGUGGCAAUAGUGUAGUUUGGCGUCCGAAAGUAUUCCAUGAAGAAGGAUCCGGAAGCAAGGUGAACAUUGAGGAAAGGGUGUCUCAGGUCUAUGUGAAACGAAAUUCAGGACCUCUUCCUGACCACUUAUCCCGCUUAAAAGAAGAUGAACUGUACAAAGGAAGUGAAAAUAACAUUGUUGAUCAGAGGACACUAACGGUAACAUCUAACUGUUUAUUUGACCUUUCAAUGUACCCAUUUGAUGUUCAAACUUGCCAACUUAUCAUUCGAUCAACUCAUGGAAUCAAAAGUGUAAAGCUGAAUACUACUGGAGUGAACUUUGUGGGCAAGCGUCGUCUCUUAGAGUACAACGUAAAUGAGCUGAAAUCUGAAAACUCAGAAUCGCAAGGAGCAAGUGAAAUCAGAAUCUACAUUAGAUUUGUCAAUCUGUACAACUACUACAUUUCUGGCACCUAUGUAGUACCUACAACGUUACUCAUGACAAUCACAUAUCUUACUUUCUUCUUUCCUCUGGAUGACUUUACAAACCGUAUCAUGGUGUCACUAACAGCACUCUUAGUGCUUGCUGCACUUUUCCUUCAGACAAAUCAGGCGAUGCCAAGAACAGCGUACCUUAAGCUUGUGGACGUAUGGUUUGUUUUCUGCAUUGCUAUGGAUUUCAUAAUUGUUGUGAUUCUGGUGGUGAUAAAUUAUCUACGUGAGAAUUGCUACCACACCGUGACACCAAAAGAUCUCACUGUGAAGAGUGACACUUCCCUCCCAAAAUCCUUCAGAAAACAUCCUCAGUUACCAUGGUUACUCAACACCUCUUCCAGAAUCAUUGUACCUUUAGGAUUCAUUUUCUUUACCAUAGGAUAUCUUAUCUAUACAGUUAAUAAUUGGGAGGGAUAA